CCAAGGCUGACAGACUGAGCCAAGGAACUUUCACUUUCUCGCUUUCACGCUCGGCCUGUCAGUGUGGGAGUAGGAAGUGAGGGCCGCAGAACAGCUGGAAGGAGCUAGAGCAGAGGAAGGUGCUACAGCAAGAGGAGGGGGUGUCGAGGUCACUGGGCGUAAGCAAAUGGCAGCCCGGCAGACGGGGGUGGAGAAGCGGAGGGAAACAGCUGGGGACAGGGUUGACGCUGCGGAUAAGUUACAGGGAGCCCGUAGAGCGGAGUGUAUGGCAGCCGAGUGACAGCUGCACCUCAGGAUGGGACAGCUAUUAGAACAGGAGAAGUCAUCUUUGAUGUGCCAGGGUUUCUCAACCCAUGAUGGCAUGAAUCCAAGAUUAUCCAGACUGGGAGUACGCUAGGAAACAUCAUGGCCGCCGGUGAAAGGUAUCCAAAGACAAAUGAAAAUCAGGCAACUUGUGAAAUGGAAGAUCUGCGACUCGAUCUUGACAAUGAUCACUUGCCUAUUUACAUUCCUCAUUCUGGGAUAAACGUACUUUAUGGGGAAAUGACCAAGGUUUGUGCCCAUUUUAGUGAGCCCGCAACAAACUUUGAUGCCCAUGUCAGUGAUGCACUUGUGUGGUGUAGACAGGAUCCCACAUCAGCACAAAGAGAUGUAUUUUUGCCAGGUACGCCUACUGCUGUGCCCUGUGAGGCUAAGAAAGAUUUGUGUGGUGACAAUGUAAGAGGUGUGGAACCAUCUCCCCUCAUGCCAUUGGCACCCACUACUCUGAGAAGCCAAGAUAAGGAAAAGGGCAGUGCAGCUACCAAUUUAAUACUGGCGAGUAUGCUCCAGGCUCAGCUGUGUAUGGCAGAACUUCAAGAUGAGAUUGAGAAAAAAGAGAAACCAUGGAGAUCUCCAGAGACUUUUCAAUACCAAGAGAAAGGUUCAUUGACAGAUUUGGACACAUUUUUUGAAGACCCAGAGGAUCAUACACAGGAGAAAGCUGAUCUGAAGGAAACCCUUGAAAAUGAUGAGAAUUUCUUAGAGGAGGAGCUACAAGAUGAAAGUUUGUUCUGUGAAAAUCCUUUAUUUAGGGACACUCCAUCUCCACAGCCUGUUCAUCCCCAUUCACAAACACACUUAGAUCUGAGGACUACUAGGAAUGGCCUCAUCUCAUGUGAUGAGGACAAGAAACUUGUGGAAGGAUUAGUUUGUGGUCAUCCAUUACCAGGUCAGGGUCUUAAUGCCCUUUGGGACAAUAAACCUAAUUCUACAAGAAGGUAUUCUGAGAGGCAGAUGAUACAAGCGGCAGAAUCACUGGAAAUUCUACAGAUUGUGGAAGACUGGGAAGAAGAUGAAGUCUUAUCCAACACUCGGAAUAAAUGGUCUCCACCUGUUGACCCUCACUGUAUUGAGGAGAAGCCAGCAUGUACUUAUGUGGAAUUACAAAGCACAGGACCUUCCCCGGGACAAAGCAGCAGCUCCUUGUCAGUCCUCUCAUUACUGGACCAGGCUAAUGCAAAGUACUGCAAUGCCAGCAACCCACCAGGCAAUGAUUGUUCAUCACAAACCCCAGAGACAGAGCUGGCAGCUAGAUAUCAGAGUACAACUUGGCCGGAGGACACUUCACCCAUAGAAGCCCAUAGCUCCUUCCAGUCACCCAUAGAAGCCCAUACCUCCUUCCAGUCACCCAUAGAAGCCCAUACCUCCUUCCAGAAAGCAGAUGAAGUGGCUGUUUCUCUGGAUGUUCCAUUGGUAGAGGAAGGAUUGCUGUUCUCUCCUUCCAGUUCAUCCCUGGUUUCAGGUCUGUUGAUACCAAAUGAAUCAGAUCACAAUCCCCAAGCUCCCCUGGAGAAUCUACCUGCUCUUCAUAUUCAGAGAAUGCCGCUAGAAGAGAGUAACGCCCAUGACCUGGAAGAUCAUCCCGUAUGCCAAGGGUGCCAAGACAAGGAGCACGCAGUUAGAACAUUGACAUCAAAAGAGAGGGAGGAAGAAGAGUUGGCAGUGCCGGUGGAGCACCAGGAUGGACCUGAGAUUGUCGCUGAGCAGACUAAUGAAGUAACUGCACAGAUAGAAUUGGAAACAUCCGGUUCUAAGGAGGUACCAAAUGGAGACCCUGUUCCAAAUGGCGACUCUGUUCCGAAUGGCGACCCUGUUCCAAAUGGCGACAGUCAGGAUGUUGAGACAGCAAGGAGAUUGGCAUCAAAACUUUUCAAGCUGGAUGGCUUUGAAAGAUCCCAGGUGGCUCCGUAUCUUCAGAAAAACAAUGAGUUUAGUGCCAAGGUGGCAGAGGAAUAUCUCUCCUUCUUUGACUUCACUGGAAAACCUCUGGACGCGGCUCUCAGGUCCCUUCUGCAGGAGCUGGUGCUGACUGGGGAGACUCAGGAGAGAGAGCGUGUUCUGCUGCAUUUCUCCAGGCGCUUCCACAGCUGCAACCCCAAGGACUUUGGUUCUUCUGAUGCUGUACACACGCUGACCUGCGCUAUCAUGCUUCUCAAUUCUGACCUACAUGGGCAGAACAUUGGCAAGAGUAUGAGCCUGCAGGACUUUAUCAAUAACCUGGAAGGAAUGAAUGAUGGAGUCAGUUUUUCUAGGGACAUUCUCAAGGCGCUGUAUAAUUCUAUCCGAAAUGUUAAGCUGGAAUGGGCAAUAAGCGAGGGGAACCUGGCAAGCACUCUGGUUCCUAAGCCCGAUAAUAUUUUUUCUGCUCGCAAGAAGAGCAAUCCCUUUCUUGAAAUGCUUGCCCCAGAUCCUGAUGCCCCUAAUUUCAAACGUGGGACAUUACAACGGAAGGUUCAUGCAGACAUAGACGGCAAGAGGACCCCCUGGGGAAAACGAGGAUGGAAGUCAUUCUAUGCGGUGUUAAAGGGAAUGCUACUUAUUUUACUCAAGGACGAGUACAGGGCAGACUGGCAAUCCCCAGAGGAAGUGAUCAGCUUGCAUCAUGCCCUAGCAGAACAAGCCAAUGAAUACACCAAGAAACAAUAUGUGUUCCGACUGCAGACAGCUGAUUGGCGAGUCUUUCUCUUUCAGGCGCAGACUGCAGAGGAAAUGAAUUCAUGGAUCCAUCGUAUCAAUCUGGUAGCAGCCAUGUUUUCUUCACCACCGUUCCCUGCCGCCAUUGGCUCCAAGAAAAAAUUUGUCCGUCCAAUCCUUCCCUCAGCUCAGUGCAAGCUAGGCCUGGAGGAGCAGCUGCAGUCACAUGAGACCUGGAUGGACACGUUUACUGAUGACCUGACGGAGCAUCUGCGCAACUUGCCAGAGCCCAAGAGCAAAACUCGCGACUGGGAAGAUUAUCAUGUAAAAGAGGAUUAUCUCCGCUAUGAGAAAACCAGGUACGAGACUUAUGUGAAGCUGCUGGCCUUACGCAUGCAAGGGGGAUGUGAAGACAUCAGCACCUGGGAGUCCAUGCUUACAGAACCUGAUGGGGUCAGCGAGGAGACCAAUGGGGAAUUAAAGAGGUCCCACUCAAGCCCCUCACUCAAUGCUGAAAGCUCCCCAGUGGUUGUAAAGGUUAAACGCAACAUAUCAGAACGUCGGACUUACCGCAGGAUAAUCCCCAAGCGUAAUAAGAACCUUGUGUGAUCUAAGUACCUCCUGCAACAUGGCAGCACCCCUCCUGCAUAUGGAAGGGCUCACACUUACAAAGGUGCCCUCUACUGAAGAAAACUGCACCAUGGAAAUUUGUAUAUGGCUGGAAAGAUUUACAGAGAUAUGUGUAAAAGCCAUGAACUAAUGUAGGCAGUCUUCACCCACCCAAGCACUUAGCAUGCAGCUCAUCAACACACAGUAAGGCCCAUGUGUUUGGAUCCCAUGGAACCCCUGGCAGACUUAAUGCCAUAGCUGAAUGGGAGCCAUAUAGAUCCUGUAGUAAUGAGUCGCAAAUCCUGGGCAACUGUUUCCUUGUUGAAAAGCUGCAGUGGGUUACUGUUAGUGUGGGGCAGUAUUCUCUGCUUUUACCUCUAGAUGGCGCCCUUGACUUAUGUUAAAGACUUUGGUCUAGAAGAGGAAAUUCUAUAGCAUAGUGUUCACCUAAUGUUUUUAAAAAAUGUUAAUGAGCAAAAAAAAAGAUUUAAAUUAUUUAUUUUAUUUGAUGUUACUCAGUUCUCAGGCAGGCCUCAGGCCACAUAACGAUAAUUGUGACUGCUAGUCACGACCCUGCAGGAGGGGGUCCAGUGGACUGCACAGUACUCUCCCCAGGUAAAUGUACAACUGUAACUGGAAAUCAGUACUGUAAGUGCAGAAAUAGAAGGAUCUGGAUUGAACUGUUAUCCUGCAACUUGCCUGAUUUCCCCAUUGCAAUGUAGAACUGCAUGAUCCUUAUGUGAAUUUGCAUCCAGCAAAAACCCUGCAUCUUUAUUAGGGGACAUUUUCGGGUAGAGAAGAGAGGGCAGUUGUCUUGGGUCAACUGCCUGUGAUAUGGCUCUUGAUUAGAAAAUGUACUUGAUAAAAUAAGAUAUUAUU